CCUGAACGCAUCACUGCAGCAUUCACUGACGUCACGCCUCUGUGGGACAAAUCUGACACUGCAAGGUGGUGCACGUGGUCUGUUGUUUACUUCUUCCAGGAACGCUGGAAGUUCAGGCCGGAGGAGACGAACGGGGCGCUGAAAUUGUGAAACAGCGUCCCCGGAUAAAGUUACUCAGCGUUUGGAGGCGGAUAAAGCGACAGAAAGGCCGAGAAGAAGAAGAAGAUGCCAAACUGAAAACUAAAAGGUUGUGAAGCAGGUUGACAGGAGCGAGCGAAAACUCACUGGACUGAGAAAGGAAGAUGUUUACUGCAAUCUUCGUAUUCCUGACCAGUUCCAGACAGCGAGAGAUGACAUCAACAUUGUUAUCCUCACAGGCCAAGGGAUUUUCUGCAUGGAUGUAAAACCCUGGAGAGGAACGGUGUCGGCUCACAACAAGAACUGGCACGUACGAGUGACCAAAGAGGACCAGAACUUUACCAGUACCUGCAUCGAGCAGAUGGACAAUCCCAUUACAGCGAUCACGACCAAAACAGUUCAGUUAUGCAGUCAUCUGAAGAGAAGUGGAGUGUCUGUGAGCAGCAGUCUCUUCUUCCCAAGGGUCGUCUUCCUCUCCCCUGACUGCAGGCUGGAUGAGGAGCUGAUGAAGAGGAAGGAGCUGGUCUGCCAUAAGCAGAUAGAUGACUUCCUUAGAUCUUUUAAGGAGGGCUACAUGGCCUGGAUAACUGAUGCCUUCACUCCCUCCUGGAUUUCAGGUCAUCUGUCAUACAGGCAGAUAGAAUCGGUGCGGGAGGUCCUUAGGAAGGUGGGAACGUGGGAUAUGGUGCGGCUGCACUGUGGCGAGCAGCUGAAAGGAGACUAUCAGGGCUGUCAGUACAUCGCGCUCGACCGUCAGGAGACCGACAUGCUGGAGUUUUCCAGCAUCAGGACGCUGUCAGCUGAUUCCUUAUGGGCUCUGCURGGCCAUGUUCCUCAGGUAACAGUGAAAAUGUAUAAGCGUGGCUCUCAUGGCUGGCUGGGCAAAUCUCUGAACGCCACCGCCACGAUCCCUUCAAACACCUUUGUGAUUUUCAAGAUCAGCGGUGMGGAAGACGAUGCCAAAAUCCCAGCAAGCACCAUUCACAGCAUCACACUCAGCAUCUGAAGGUGUGCAGAUGUUGCGUACUGUUUCACAGCUGACACUAUAAAAGCUUAAAAACUGUUUAAUUGACAAAGGGGUUGAUGCAAAAAAAAAAUCCACCUCUUUUUAAUGAGUGUUUUUUCUAUGCAGUGUUGUAACAAAUCAACUUUCAAAUAUCUAUGUGCUUUUGGCAAAACAAGCUGUUUUCCUGAAUCUUUUUCUGAAGCCAUAUCUUUUAAUGAGAUUUGUGAUAAUUAACCUGAUUUUUUUUUUUCAUGCUUUGAAUUUUUAGGGCUGGCCAACACUUUACACCAGCUAUUAAUUAAUCAUUUAGCUGGCCGAUUGAGUCACAUCAAUUCAAGGGACGAGUGUUUAAUGUGGUAAUUGUGGCAGUUAAAAAUGGGUGACCUGUGGCACGACGAGUGUGUUACUGCCUCUGUGGGUUUAAUGGGAAGUUAUUUACUGUCUGAUUAGAGAGUGCAGCUGUAGGUUGAUUUAUUAAUAUGCUCCACCGCUCAGAGGAGAUAACCUGUUCRAGAGCACACAGGCGCAGACUCCAACACCCUUCAUAACUGUGCCUGUAUUACUUUGUGGCUUACCGGAGCUAACGCGGCWACGCUAACGGCGUCCAAUUGCAUUUACCGAGCAUGGUAGUGGCCAAAAUGAAGUUAUUUCUAUCACGAUAUCAGUGCCUUUAGCUAAUACGAUAAAAGAAUCUCUCUCUGGUGAUUGUAUCUCUGCGUGGCAUCUCUACCUGAAAUGUCAAGCUCCUCAUUUCUGUUUACAGUUUUACCUGAUGUACUUGUGCUUUCACAAGCAACACAGGCAGAUUUUUUUAAAGCUUCACUUGAAUAUCUGUGCAUUUUUUAUCCUUUUUUUUUGUAUUUGGAUAAUUAAACCAAAGCAGCCAGCCAGACCUGAAAGAAAUUCUUACAGAAAUUGGAGUAACUYAAGGGAAAUUAAUAUAAAUUUAAAAAGUGGUGAGUGCAUGUAAGUUUUAUCAAAUAAUGAUGUUAUCAUUUUAAAAUGUCUUUUGUUUUUAAAYUUCAAGCACUUUAAAGUGUUAAUAGCCAACAGUGAUUGGUUUAAGCAUGAUUAUGUAUCGGGGGAUGUUUUAAGUCAUUGUAUGAGUUUUUCAGAUUUGUGGUGUAAUAAAGAUGUYUGAUUAUUUAAUGGUCAAGAUUUACA